GUCCUCUGACCAAUCAGAAGUCUCGACGGUAACAGGUGUUUUUACACAACCUGCAGUAUUUUAUUCUGGCCAAAAUCGGCACAACCAACGACGUGGCUGAAGUUUGUGUUUUGUAGUCAUGUCACAGUGUUUGUUAAUCGCUAAUGCAUCUUCCGCUUUAAGUUCAUUUUUCUACAUCUAGCGAGAGGCCAACUCUACAAUUAUGGCGUUUUAAAACAGAAAGGGGUCCUUUGGGGGGGAAGGAGGCCUUUCCCCUCAGGUUUGGUGGACUGUUGGAUCAGAAGGAGAAGGACGAGUGGUUAUUGAAGUUUUUGCAUUUUGUAAAUGAUUAGAUGAAAACACUAUUUUUGCAAGUUCUGAGAUUUUUGUAUAAAACACAAGAGUUUUGUAUUUAUUGAAUUUAAGAUGCCAUUCUGUGCUGCAAACAGCAUAGUUUAUUUUGAAUCCUUGGCCAAUAUGGUGGACUGAGUCAAGUCCAUCAAAGGCCCUGGGGUUGCUAGGGUGCAGUGGAACCUCAACACAGGCACAAUUCUAGCACUCCAGUUCAUCUCAACUUUAUUUUGUUCCUAAACCACACACCACCAUUUCCGGGUGGGGGGUCAGAAAGACUUUGUAGUCGAAGGAAGGUUGUUUCACAUUGAAAAAAAGUUUGAGGCAAGGAUGAGUCUGGCACCUCCAGACUGCACCCCUAAAUGCCGGUCCCAACAGCACGCUGACCAGGUUAUAGCCGCCUUAACUGGGGGAUCUGAGAGGCAACUCAAGGCGUUUCUGACGUCAUAUUGUCACAAUGCAACCACCCUGCGCGACGCCUUUGGCCGCACGGCGCUUCACCUCGCAGCCUCGCAGGGAAAGAAGGCUCUGCUGGAGUGGCUGCUGGAGAGUAAGGGCUCAGACCUGAUGGUAAAGGAUAAGGAAUCUGGCUGGACUGCUCUGCAUCGCAGCGCUUUCUAUGGACAGAUUCACUGUCUCACAUCACUCAUCAAGCAUGGUGGACUUAUUUCCACCCAGGAUAAAGAAGGUUUUUCUGUCCUGGACCUGACGAUGAAGGACCGACCAGCACAUGUGGUUUUCAGAGACACUGACCCAACAGAAGUGUACACCUGGGGAAACAAUACUAAUUUUAGUCUCGGCCAUGGCAAUCAGGAGAGCCGGCAGCACCCUGAGCUUGUGGAUGUGUUUGCCAGGUCUGGCGUUUACAUCAAGCAGGUGGUGCUGUGUAAGUUCCACUCUGUGUUCCUGUCACAGAAAGGCCAGGUAUUCACCUGUGGGCAUGGACAGGGAGGAAGGCUCGGCCAUGGAGAUGAACAGACUUAUCUGGUUCCUCGAAUGGUGGAGGGUCUCAUGUCCCACCACUGCUCCCAGGUGGCGGCGGCUAAGGACCACACUGUGGUGCUGACCGAGGAGGGCUACGUUUACACGUUUGGUCUCAACACCUUCCACCAGCUGGGGUUGACUCCUCCUCCGGCGUCGGCGCACGUUCCUAAACAGGUGUUUGCAAAAAUGCUGAAGGGUAGGGUGGUGAUUGGAGUUGCAGCAGGAAGGUUCCACACAGUUCUUUGGACCAGAGAGGCUGUGUAUACCAUGGGCCUCAACGGAGGACAGCUGGGAUACUUGCUUGAUCCGAAUGGGGAAAAGUGUGUGACGACCCCCAGGCAAGUGUCUGCCCUGCACCACAAGGAAGUUAGCAUAGCCAAGGCUGCAGCCAGUGAUGGAGCUACAGCAGUCGUGACCCAGAGAGGGGAUGUUUAUCUGCUGGCUGACUAUCAGUGCAAGAAAAUGGCUUCAAGGCAGCUUAACAUCAAAAAGGUUCUGGUCAGUGGUGGCAGUUUGGACCACAGAGUAGCUCCCCAAGUUCUGAAAGAGGGGGGAGCUGAAAAGGUGUCCAUCUUGGCAUUAAACGAAGCGGGCAGGGUGUUCUGCUGGCGGUCCUCCGGCAGCUCUGUGAGACAGUGCAGGUGGGCGUAUCCACGUCAGGUUUUCAUGUCGGAUAUUGCUCUCAGCAAAAACGGCAUGAUGUUUGUGACUCCUGAUGGAGAAGGCUUCAGUGGCAUGUGGGCUGGAGAACAGAAGAAGUGCGGAGAAAAGAAAGAUGUCUCUGUAGAGGUUUGCGGUCAUUCAGACUCUGGCACGCCAUAUGAGCGAAUCCGUCUGGAGAAGCUCCCUUUUGUCCACAGAGCUGUCGGCAUCACCAUGGAUUCAAAAGGCAGAAAUUUUGGAGUGCUACAGGCCGACCCCAGAACCAGCCUAUUUGAGGUUCCCAGCAUCUCUGCAUCCACCUUCUCCCAACACUUCCAGAACCUUCUGGAGGAGGCAGAUGAAACAGACAACAUCCACGAUGUGACUCUGCAAGCUGGCAAUCACACCUUCCCGGCUCACAAGUACAUCCUGUCCAUGAGAUCGGACUUCUUCAGGAAGCUGUUUGUGACUGAUCACCGCGGAGAUGAAGAGGAGCUCGAUAAAGAAGUCCGAAGGAGCGAAGAUGCUGUGGGCUGCGAUUUGCUCAUUCUGGAAAAAAUCCCUGCAGACAUGCUGGAAUACGCUCUGCGCUUCAUGUACACCGACUCCUGUGAGCUGCUGGUGCACGGAGCCCGGGCCAAAACCUCAGGACUCCCGCCUGCACAAAACCAGGAUUCAGAGCAGGAGAAGCUUAUCAGCAGUCUGCAGGUUUUGGGUCUGAGAGAUCGUUCGGCUCUGGAGGUCUAUCGUUCCCUGUCCCCUUCCACCAAAGAGGACAACAACAAGGCCAAGAACAAGGGCUCCAAGGCGGGCAAAAAGGCCAAAGGAGGCAAAGGUGACAAGGCCGCAGCCAACGAGGGCGGGGCCAACCCUGUCAAAAGCUUACAGGCUGUUGCUAAAAAGCUGGGCCUGGGGAGCCUGUCGGCACGACUGGACGGUGUCAAGUAUGAAAAUGGAAAGAUUUCUGUAAUGCAGAAGAAGAGCAGCAGCAAACCAAAAUUCUACCAGAAGAAAUGCUCUUAUCUGUGUGACGUGACUCUGAAAUCUGAAGAUGGGAAGGAGUUUCCAUGUCACAAAUCCGUUCUCUGUGCAAGACUUGAAUACUUCAGCAGUAUGCUGGGGAGCUCAUGGAUGGAGGCAACUUCCUGCUCGGCACUGGAAAUGCCGACCUCAUCUGAGAUACUGCAGGUCAUUCUUGAGUACAUUUACACUGACGAGUCCCCCACCAUUAAGGAGUGUCAGAAUGUGGAGUUUGUGUGCAAUGUGCUGGUGGUUGCUGACCAGCUGCUCAUCACACGGCUGAAGGAGAUGUGUGAGGUCGUCAUCACGGAGAACUCAUGUACAACGCAGAGCAGCUCAAACUGUCCUGCCUUCAGUUCAUCUCUCUCAACAUGGCUGCUUUACUGGAGUCAAAAGCUCUGGAUGUUCUCAGUGAUGAGGUGCUAGUGGAGCUUUCUGCAGCUUACAGGAGACUGAUCCCAGCGAUGCAGAAGCGAAUCAUCACUCCUUAUCCCGAUGCUCCAGACCUCAGUCUAUAUGAGGAGGAGGAUUUGGACUCGGCAUUCGGUACCAAGCCAGAGACAGAAUUGGAUCAGUCAUGCAGGGAGAUCUUGUUGAAAAAAGCCAAAAUAAAAGCCAAAAAGAAACCAAGGCGACGCUCUGACAGCUCAGGAGGUUACACCCUCUCUGACAUCAUCCAGAGCCCUCCUCCUGCAGUUGUGUCUCCAUUCUUGGGGAAGUCGGCCAAGGCCAACUCGACCGAGUCCCUUCAGGAGCUCCUGACGUCAGACUCGGAGGGCAGCUGCAUGGGAGCCGGCAGUCCCAGAGACAUGCAGUCACCUGUCUUUGAUACCAGGACGGAGGAGGAGAGGGCUCUCUCUCAGAGGCUAAAGACUCCCCCCAGAACACCAACUUCCACCAACAGUUUUCAGACCCCCCCUAACUCCUCUCAACAAAUCAGCAUCAAGAGUUUUUCCAGUUCUGCAAACGCUCCUCCAGUCCUGGACCUGAGGACCAUAAUGCACAUGGAGGCCAACUCCCAACCGGCUCGUUGUGCGACUCCUAAAAGCUCUGGAAGCAGCAAGCCCUCUCCAGUUUCCUCUAAGCUGUCUCAGAAGCAGAGGAAGAUGCUCGCCAUGGUCAGCAAGGAGCCUGGUGGGGAGUCUCCUGGACCCAGGACCGCCCCCACACCCGCUCCACCCAAAAGCAGUGGCAAGGCCUGGGCCACAGCCAUCCAGUCCCCGCCCUCCUCUUGCUCAUUUCGAGCUCUGCUGGAGGAGGAAGAGAGCAAUUCCGUCAGAGCUGAAGAACCCAGGUCACAGAGGGCCCAAACCGCCUUGGGAUCUCCCGUCAGUGCCACCCCAGCCAUCAAGAGAGUCACGUUCAAAUGUGCUGAAAACGGCGAGCCAGAGAGACCCACGGGGCCGUGGGUGCUGGGGGCCGCCAGCAGCCCCCCCCUCUCCUCCCUGGUGACCUUUGCUUCCAUCGUGGAGGAGGAGAAGCAGCAGGAAGCGGCGCUGAUCCGCAGCCGAGAGAAGCCACUGGCGCUCAUCCAGAUCGAAGAGAGAGCCAUCCAGGACCUCCUGCUUCACUAUUGGGCACGGGACAACCCAGACGAGCUGAUCGUGGUGGAGCGGUCCUCCACGGGGCCCAUGGCGGCCCCCACCUGGCACAAGCACUGAAGACGACCGAUGUGACGACAGUGCAUACCAUCAGAGUGAGAGCAGCUCCUCCAGCUGUCACUCUGACCUGUUUACUGAGAGCUUCAUCGUCCCGAGUGAAAACGGAGCUUCUCUCCUCUGCAGUGUUGAUUUCAUUUCUUUGGUUGCUGCUUCGUGUUUUAUUCAAGAGAGACGAAGUGCUUCAGUCUCAGAAAGAGAAGUUUAGAGCAUGUCUUGAAUUAGUUCCAUCCUUUUUUGUUUUUUUUUUUCUUUAAAAGUGCAACAAAUGUUACUAAAAAAGAGAUUGAUGUUCAGAUACCAAAGAACUGAAAAGUCAAAUCUAGUUCUAAACUAAAUCCUAAGGACUGUUUGUGUGUGGAUACUGUCUGUAAUGAAAAAAGUGCCAAACAUUCACUGUGGCAGAACGUCAGCGCUUUACAAGUGAAGUGAGAUUUUGAUCUCGCUCAUAAACCUCAAACGAGUUGCAGAUUCCUGAUUAGAGGGUUAAAUGUAUUAAAGUUACAGUUACAGUGAAGUUCUGUAAAGCUGUGAAGAAUUCUAUGAAGUUCAGGGUUGAUGAGGUUGUCUUUAGCUUUUUCUCCUUUUGUGUUCAGGCUUCCAGGUGUGAAGAGAAAAUGGCACAACACAAUAAAAUAUCUCACGUCUCGCAUCAUCUUUA